ACUCCCCGUUUCACUUCAUCUCUCUCGCACUUGCUGCACGACACACGAAGUGAACGAUACUCAUCAUUCUUUCCAAGUAAAGUGAGAAAAAAAGAAGAAAAGUAAAUUAAAAGCAGUCAUCCAACAGUUCUUGUGAUUACUCUAAACCCUUGAAAUGCUUUUGCUUCCUCUGCGCCGAAGAGAAAGAGCAAACAACAAGAAGUAGCAUAUCCCUCUGCCACUGCCACCACUCCACUGUUAUUCAAACUCCAUUGUUUUCUUGGAUAAUAAUAAGGUUCCCUUGCAAGGAAGCCGAGCCUUGGUUUUCUGCUCUACUUGUUUCCCCUGGCGCCAACUUUCAUAAUUUUAUAUAUUCUUGCUUUGCUUCAAGAUUACAUUCUUUUGGGUUAGAGAGUACUGUUAACUCUCUAGGAAAUGGGAGAGGACCAUAUGGCAUUAGUUCCUUCUGACAGAGCUGUGGUUCAGGCACUUGUUGUGUUGAAGAAGGGUGCUUAUCUUUUGAAGUACGGAAGGAUAGGAAAGCCCAAGUUAUGCCCUUUCAGGUUAUCUGAGGAUGAGAAGAUGUUGAUUUGGUAUUGUGGCGAAAAAGAAAAACAUCUGAGGUUGAGUUCAGUCACAAAUAUAAUUCAUGGCCAACAUGCUAAGAAUCUAAAUCUGGAAAGAGAAACUCAAUGCAUUUCACUUGUCUAUGCUAAUGGCGAUCACUCUCUAGAUCUGAUAUGCAAGGACAAAAUUCAAGCUCAGGCGUGGUUUUUGGCCUUGAAAUUUGUCAUAUCCAGGAGUCGCUAUAGGCAGCCGUUGGGAACUCCCAAAAACAAACAAGGGGUUCAAAGUUGCAUUAGCAGUCCAGCUAGUUAUAUUCGGAGGAGACAGAGUCUAGGAGUUUAUCCAAUGAGCACUAUAAAAUUAUCUCAGGUACAGAGCUGGUCAGGAAGUCCUGAUCAGUCAUUUUCAGAGAAGGGAUAUUCAGAUGGCUUAUCACGUGACAGCUUCUUUUCUGAACUAAGUAGUACAUCAUGUAUCCAUAAUGCAUUGAGUUCUGGAAACUCAAGUUCACCAUAUGUUGAGUCAGACAGUUCAAACAAGAGGGAAGCAAAUUCUGGUCUGGAAGAGAUUCAAGACGAUGUGCUUAAACUGCUUGACACAUCAGUCAAUCAGUCUGCACAAUCAGCUAAUUAUGUACUAAGAGAUGUUUUUAUCUGGGGGAAAGGAGUAGAAGGAGGUUUUUUAGGGGGAGGGGUAACAAAAUUAGAUGCAUUAUUACCCAAGGUUAUUGACUCAACCGUCAUGCUUGAUGUGGAAACGUUAUCCCUAGGUCAAAAUCAUGCCUGCUUAGCUACCAAACAAGGCGAAGUCUUUUCCUGGGGUGAAGGAAAGCACGGAAGAUUGGGGCACAAAGUUGACAUUGACUCUCCUUACCCCAAAAUGAUUGAAUCCCUUAAUGGAGUUCAUGUGAAGUCUGUGUCUUGUGGUGAAUAUCAAACAUGUGCUCUCACUGCCACUGGUGAACUUUAUACAUGGGGUGACAAUUUUUCUGGUGCCAGUCCAGAUAGCGAAAAUAGGAAAAAGAAAGGUCCUUGGUUGCCAUAUGAAGUUUUCAGCUCCCGUCUGGAUAACAUUAAAGUAGCAUCUGUUUCUUGUGGAGAAUGGCAUACUGCAAUUAUCUCAACUUCUGGUAAAUUGUUUACUUAUGGAGAUGGAACGUUUGGGGCACUUGGCCAUGGAAACACCAAUUCCCUUCCUCACCCAAAAGAGGUUGAAUCCCUUAGAGGCUUAACGGUCAAAUCUGUAGCAUGUGGAUCAUGGCAUACAGCCGCGAUUGUUGAAACUGUAGAAAAUCAUGGUGAGCCUAACCAUUCGGUAGGGAAGCUGUUCACAUGGGGUGAUGGUGAUAAAGGAAAGCUUGGUCAUUCCGAUCAGGAUAAGAAACUUGUACCAACAUGUGUUGCCAAGCUUUCCGAGCAAGACUUCUUUCAAGUUUCUUGCGGCACAAGUUUGACGGUCGUUCUAUCUUGCAAUGGAAAGGUUUACACAAUCGGAAGCCCACAAGGAAAAGAUGAUAGAUCAAUAACUGUUGUACAAGGGAAACUUAAAGACGAGUUUGUCAGAGAGAUUUCAUCGGGAUCUCACCAUGUUGUUGCCCUAUCAUCAAAGGGCAAUGUCUAUGCUUGGGGAAGAGGUGGAUAUGGACAGUUAGGACUAGGUGACAGGAAAGACAGAAAUUUACCAAAUCUGGUUGAAGCCCUACUUGAUCAACAGGUCGAACAUAUUUGUUGUGGGCCGAAUUCUACAGCUGCAAUUUGCUUGCAUAAAGCCAUAUCCAGAAAUGACCAAUCUACUUGCAAAGGGUGUAACUUGGCUUUCGGCAUCACUAGGAAGAAGCAUAAUUGCUAUAACUGUGGAGCAUUGUUUUGUCGCACGUGUUGUAGCAAGAAGUGUACGAAUGCAUUCCUGGCUCCCAAUAAAAGUAAACCUUCCCGAGUAUGUGACCCAUGUUUCAACCAACUUCGGAGGAAUGCUCAGUUAGGGAUGUUACCGGAACGUCAAAUUUAUAGCCCGAGAACACCUUCUACGACUAGGUCAUAUAUAGGGGAAAAGGAUGAAAGGGAACAAGUGAGUACUACAUGUAAAAUGACCACUAGAAGAAAAUGUUUUAGUAUGAGCAGUCAAUUGCAUGAAAAGAAGGCCCAAAAUCAUCAAGAAAAGGAUCAGAAUAUGAAUUUGAUUUCUUCUUGGCUGGAUUUUCCAAGAUGGGGACAAGUUCAUUGUCUCAAAGGUUUCAAACAAAUAUAACAGAACAAAAAACAUUCCACCCAACUGCAAAGGAGCAAGUAGGUCACAAUUCCCCAGUUUGGUUCCAAAUGGAGCCAAACAUUAAGUCUUCUGCUUUAAUGCUUCAAGACUGCUCAAAACUGGAUGAUUUGCUUCUUAUUGAGGUUCAGAAACUAAGAAAUCAGGUUGAGGGUCUGAAAAAGCUAUGUAAAUUGCGAACUGAGAAAAUUCAAGAAUCUCAGCUACAACUUGAGGAAGUUUGGCUAUUCGCGAAAGCAGAAGCAUCCCAGAGGAAAGCAGCACUCGAAGUUAUAAAAGCUUUGACGUCAAAGGACAUUGCGGAUCGACACAAGAAAAACAGAUAGUCUGUGUAGUUCUCCCAUCGUUUUCUCAAGUACCUCAAGAUCCUUUUGUAACAAGGAAAACAAUGGACAGUCUCUACCAGGAGGCAAAUCGUGCAAAACUGAAUCGGAUUUCGAACAAGCAGGAUUGGUAAACUCAGGGCAUGAAUGGGUGGAACAAUAUCAACCUGGUGUCUAUAUUACUAUUAGUACAUCACAAAGUGGAGAGAAGACACUCAAGCGAGUUAGAUUUAGCCGGAAAAGAUUCACCGAUAAGGAAGCACAGAAAUGGUGGAAUGACAACCAGCUAGCUGUAUACCAGAAUUACAAUGCGGACAAAUGUUCAGUUCUGAAUCAACGCAUAUAGAAAGAUAAUUUUAAAAAAUUUAUGCUAUCCAAAUGUAAUUACUUUCAUUUCUGUGUUAUGCUCUUGAGUUAUGAGCAUAGUGAUACAACAUUACAACCGGUCCUAGAAAUCGGUUCAUAGUGGUUUUAAAUUUGAUUUUUUAAAUAUAUUCUUUACUUUAAAAAAGCUUCGAAGUUAAUAAACUUUAACAAGUCUAUAAUAUAAAACGUAUGUAUUGUUUC